ACUUGACUACUCCUAAAUCUCAAACGAAUGGAGAAGGCCGAAGGGCAAUCCAAAUGCUGAAGUCCAGUCGGUAAUAAGAACAACAACAGUACAGGAGUGUCAGUGGGCAAGUCAGUAAUGGUUUCCUCUAUUUCUUCCACCUGCUCCUUAAACCUCCUUCCAAAACCUACCUCUUGUUCCCUUGCUGAUCCAAAUUCAAACCCUAGAAAAACACAAUUCAUCAAAAAUAACUUAAUUCCGCAAAUCAAUCUUCAUCAAAACAAUCACAAUGAACCAGAUCAACAUUCUUAUUCUUCUGAUGAUGGUGUUGAAUCUGAUGUGUCUGACUCGCAACCAAUUCGUAAGCUGAAACCUAGUACGCAGCUAAAAAGAUGGUCUAGAGCCAGAUCGAUUCGGUCUGGUCGAAGAUUCAGUAUACCUCUUCAACUUACUAGUACUGAAUCCAUUAAUACCACAACAAGUGAUGUAAACUUCCAAAAUGAUCAAAAUUCUAUCUCCUCUUCUUCUACUUCAUCUUCAAUGGUAGAGAAAAGUGACAGUGAAGAUGAAAUGAUGGAAGGGAAAUCAAUCUAUAUGGUCUCUGAUGGAACUGGAUGGACUGCUGAACAUUCUGUUGGUGCUGCUUUAGGUCAAUUUGAACAUUGCUUGGUUGAUCGUAACUGUGCAGUUAAUACCCAUCUCUUCUCUGGGAUUGAUGAUGUGGAACGUUUGAUGGAAAUAAUCAAGCAAGCAGCCAAAGAAGGUGCAAUGGUUGUAUAUACUUUAGCUGACCCUGCAAUGGCAGAGUCAGCUAAGCAAGCCUGUGAUGUAUGGGGUAUUCAAUCGACCGAUAUAUUAAGUCCGAUUACAGUGGCAAUCGCUGCACACCUUGGUGUUUCCCCAUCUGGUAUUCCUCGUGGAGCUCCUGGUCACCAUGUUCCAUUAAGUGACAAAUAUUUCAAAAGAAUCGAAGCCAUUGAGUUCACUAUCAAACAAGAUGAUGGUGCUCUACCCCAAAACCUUCACAAAGCUGAUAUUGUUCUUGCUGGUGUAUCUCGCACGGGUAAGACACCAUUGUCGAUGUAUUUGGCUCAAAAAGGAUAUAAGGUAGCAAAUGUACCAAUCGUGAUGGGGAUAGAAUUGCCAAAGACGCUGUUUCAGGUAGAUCGAAGGAAGGUUUUUGGCCUGACAAUUAACCCUGUUAACUUGCAAACCAUUAGAAAAACAAGAGCGAAAACUCUAGGAUUUGGGGAUACAAUGACGGGUAACUACUCUGAGAUGGAUCAUGUUAGACAGGAGUUGGAGAUUGCUGGUAAAAUUUUCGCACAAAAUCCGACUUGGCCAGUAAUUGAGGUGACAGGAAAAGCAAUUGAAGAAACAGCGGCGGUUUUAUUGAGGCUUUAUCAUGAUAGGAAGCAGAAGUGUUCGAUGCCGCGUAUCUCAAAACGUUACUAGGCUGUAAGUUCUUUUGUCAAGUCUGUCAGUGACGUGGGAUUUUGAAGUUGAACAACUAGGUGUUACUCUUGCUUAACACAGCCAAAAUCACAUUCCUCUGGAGUCUGGUCUUUGGUUCAUGUCAUAUUCUAUAUUGAAAACAAGCUAUUCUUAGUUGAGGAUCGAACAAAUUUAUUAACCACAUUAUUCUAUAUUGAAAUUGUAUAUAACAAUUUUAAGUAUACAUAUUCCUAAAGUGACAAUUUCAUCCAA